CUAAGUUCAUUCAUUCAUUUUCGGCUGUUUUACGCACGUUUGUUUUGACUGGAGGCAAUCGUGAAUGGUGACCGAGUCUGAAUCCAGUCUGGAUCGUCUGGUUGUGUUUAUAAUUAAAAAUCCUAAAAAUAUCACUUAAUGAUAAUGAAUAACGAUAAGUUAAUCGCAGAAUUGAAACAAAAACUACAAGAUUCCAGCAGAAUUGUAGGCAUCUACAGCUGGUUAAUUGAUUCGUACGUUUUGGAUUUCUACGUGGACAAUCACUGGGAGCGUUUGCCAACAAAUUGGAAGCUAUGUUUCGAUGGGCUCGAUAUACGAAAGCUUAGAGAUUUGUUGAACGAAGCUCCGCAAGACAAAGAAUCUCAUGUAUGGCCAUUGUCUGUUCUAGCGUUGCGAGUCUUGUUUCGCAAGUAUUGCCUGACACGGAAUCUUCCAACCCAAGAGGACAAUCUGGGAGCAGCCUUGGAAAAAGAACGAACCAGAUUUCAAGCGCAACAUAAGCUGUUUAACAAAUCGGUGAAGCUGAAAAAACGCCACGAGAUUGAGAAGUUUGGUGAGCAAUGUUGGAGAACCGGACGAAAAACAAAUGUGCAACAUUUGGUCGAUAUUGGAUCGGGGCAGGGCAAUUUAGCACGAACUUUGUGCUACGGGUUUGGCUUCAAGGUAUGCUGUAUCGAGCAGGACCAAAAGUUAAUCGAAUCGGCGAGACAGAAGGAUGAGGAGCUGUCCUCUCGAUUAAAGCGGCAGUUGAAGUUUGAAACGAUGCACCACCCCAUUCAUCUCAGCAAAAAGGUGAAUCUGGAAGAAAUCGACCCCAGUCAGUUUGUUAAAAUGGUGCGUGAUGCCUUCAACGUGGAGAAGGACGUCCCGUUUCAAUUUGGACUUGUUGGAUUGCAUCCCUGCGGGGAUCUUGCGGUUUUCUUGAUGAAGCUAUUCCUAUCGUGCCCGGAAGCAAAAUUCAUCAAACUUGUUUGCUGUUGCUACAUGAAACUGAGUACAGUUAAGGACAAGUGUUCCAACUUCGGAUUUCCGACGAGUGCAUUUUGCAAGCAAAGUGGAUUGCAUUUAAGCUACGAAGCAAGGGAAAUUGCUUGCCAUGCCAUCGAGCAGUAUUGCAACAAACUGGGAAGCGAUUACGAAGAGCUGAAGGUUCACGCCUUUCGAGCGGCUGCGGAGAAAAUCAUCGUCAAGUUCCAUCCCCAGUUAAAACAUUCCGGAUUGCGUAGUACGAAGGUGAGCGACCUGAGUUUCGCACAGUACUGCGAAAAGGCAACCAGUGGAAUGGGACUUGAGUUACCGGAGUCGGAAAUUGAAUCGACGGAAGUGAGGACGGAUUUGAGUCACUGGGAACGGGUGGUCAAGUUUUACACGCUACGAUUGAUGUUCGCCCCGCUGAUUGAAUCGAUUGUACUGUACGAUCGGUGGUUGUACCUGCUGGAACAAGGUAUCCAUAGCGAGAUAGAUGUUAUAUUUGACCCAGUUUGUUCACCACGGAAUCAUGCACUGACUGGAGAAAAAUAGCAGAACUUCUAUACUAUUGCA